AUGUGGAUAAUUCACGAGACUCCAGCCGAUCAUCCAGCAAUAACAAAAGCAGAACAACAAUAUAUUGAGGACUCCAUUGGACUUCUUUUGUCAGCAGUAUUUAUAGUGGGUGCUGGCUACACUGCUUGCAAUCACAUCAUUGCAGUUGUUCUGUUGUCUUUGGCUGUUGGAAGUUGUGGGAUUACAAUGGCAGGGCCACACAUCAACCAUCUUGAUAUUGCACCAAAAUUUGCAGUACAAGAACUUGAAGCGUGGGCUCAUGACUACGCCCUGGAAGAUGAUCAAGAAGUCAAUCUUAAACGCAUUGAAUUACUGUCUAAAGAACUGAUUUCUAACAAUGAAAAUAAACCUUCAAAAACCGGCUAUGUUUGCAACGUCGGGAAUGCAGCCAAUGUCAUAGACCACUACCCGAGCGGUUCUACAGUCAACGGGUCAACCAGUGCGAUAGGUGUAUCCACCGGCGUGAACACUACGAAGAAAGACGAAACCAGUUUACGGUUCAUAGACUCACUUCAGUUUUUGAACGCAUCGCUUGAGACACUGGUUACUAAUUUGGAAGCAGACGGUAGUGAUAAAUUCACUCAACUCACAAAAGAAUUUUCAGAUGAACAGAAAAUCAGCUUACUUCUAAGAAAAGGGGUAUACCCUUAUGACUUUAUGGAUGACGAGUCUAAAUUUAACAUGUCUCAGCUCCCUGCUCAAGCUGAGUUUUAUAAUAGUCUAACUGAUAGUGAUAUCUCGGACGAGGAUUAUGAGCAUGCUCAUCAGGUGUGGACAACGUUUGACUUGAAAACCAUGGGAGAGUACCACGAUUUGUACAUGAAAACAGAUGUUCUUCUCUUGGCAAAUGUAUUUGAAAAUUUUAGAAACAUGUGCUUAGAUUAUUAUGAUUUGGAUAGUGCUCAUUAUUUCACUUUACCCGGUGUAGGGUGGGAUGCCAUGCUCAAGAUGGGAGGUGUGGAACUUGAACUUCUCACAGAUUUGGACAUGCAUCUUAUGAUAGAGCAUGGUGUAAGAGGUGGAAUUUCAAUGAUAUCAAAAAAGUUUUCCAAAGCUAACAAUCCUUAUCUUGAAACAUUUAAUGAAAAUGAACCCUCCACCUAUCUUAUGUAUUUGGAUGCUAAUAACCUGUAUGGACAUAACAUGUCCCUAUACCUCCCUGGAAGAGAUUUCGAGUGGGUUAAAGACUUGGACAGUCUUGACAUUAUGACUGUGACAGAGAAUUCAAACACGGGGUAUAUUUUGGAGGUGGGUCUUGAAUACCCCACUGAAUUACAUGACUGUCACAGUGACUACCCUCUGGCCCCUGAAUCUAUGCUAGUCACUAAUGCUAUGCUUUCUUCUCACUCACAGCAGCUGAGAGAUAAACUUUGUCUUACAGGUCGGCCUGUACGAAAACUAGUUCCAAACCUCAAUGAUAAAGAGAAAUAUGUACUACAUUACAGAAACUUACAAUUCUAUCUCAGACAGGGAAUAAAGUUGACAAAGAUCCAUAGAGCGAUUCAGUUUAGACAGUCUCCAUGGUUAAAGACCUAUAUCGAUUUCAACACGGAAAAAAGAAAUCAGUCCAAAAAUGAAAUUGAAAAAGCUUUUUUUAAGUUGAUGAACAACACCUGCUUUGGUCGAAGCAUGAUGAAUGUAAGAAAGCAUGUGAAUGUGGAGCUGGUCAAUUCAAAGAAACGUUUAAAGAAACUCUGUGCUAAACCCACAUUUGAAGGCUUUAAAAUAUUUAACCCUGAUUUGGCUGCAGUUCAUCUUAAGAAAGCCACUAUCGUUCUUAACCAGCCUAUCUAUGCCGGAUGUUCAAUUCUAGACAUGUCUAAAAUUGUUAUGUAUGAAUUUCACUAUGAUUUCAUGAGAGCAAAGUAUGGUAAUAAAGUCCAGCUUUUAUUCACGGAUACAGAUUCACUGUGUUAUGAGAUAGAAACAGAAAAUAUCUAUUCUGAUUUUCAGAAACAUGCCAACUUGUUUGACACAAGUAACUAUAAUCUCUCUCACCCUCUCUUCUCUACUGUAAAUGCCAAAGUGUUAGGUAAAAUGAAGGAUGAGCUUGGGGGAUCUGUCAUGGAAGAAUUUGUAGUCUUAGACCGAAAAUGUAUUUGGUUUUGUAUGAGGGGAAAGAGAAAAAAAUAG